AUGGAUCCGAAGAGCAGGACAAUGCCAGCCAAGCUGACGGAGUCGUUGUCUGCCCCUUCGCUACGGUCGUUGCCACGCUUGCACAGCAGCAGUGAACAGCCCAGCUCAGAGCGCGUGGUGAAGGCAGAGGAGUACAUGUACCUCCAGGUGAAGCGCAGCCACUGGCCUGAACUCAGCGCUGACUGUAGGCUUUGGACGCUGCGGGAUUUUGCUCUGCAGAAUUCCAAUUGGGAGUCCUUCACCGACAAAGGCAAGCUCCGGGUCAUAUACGAGCUCGGAGCUUUGCUCUGUGAAUCUGGCCAUCGCCUGAAAGAGGACAUGAUGCUGAAAGCCCGAAAUGAGCUCCAGAGGGCCGUCACAGACGCACGCCAGCUUCCCCGAGUUGUCCGCUCUGACAAGCUGCGGGCUUUGGCGGUGGCCAGCCUGUGUGAAGAUAACCUAAAUUUGCCUGGGGCCGCACGGAGAAUCAAGGAGGCCCUGGGCGAAAGAAAGCGCGAGGAGUAUGACACCGGUCACAUCCAAAACCUGUCAAAAAAGUUCCGAUUCAGGGGAUACAUCGAGAAGGUGCAAGACAGGUCCAUGACACUUGCCCAGCUGCGGAAGGUCCUUAAGUAUUGUCAUGAGUCCUGUCAUCAUUGGCGCGACAUCGUGGACGAGGACCAGCCCUCUCCACGGAGCAAUGGGCUGACCAUGGAGGUACUCAACUUGCACCAUGUCGACUCUUGGUUGAUCUGGCCUGCGACAGAGGCAUACAGAAGCUCCUUUGUGGAGCUGAUGGCAGAUCAGGCCCAGCCGGCUGUUUGGUGCGUCAGCCACUGCUGGUCUCAGCCGCAUGCUUCUUUCGUGGACUGCAUCGGGCAGCACGCGCAAACCAGGGGCCUGCGUCGCUGCACCACCUUCUGGAUUUGGGCGUAUGCGCACAGGCAUCACUGCGUGGACUUGGAGCCUCCGGAGUCGGCGGUUUGUGCUGCGCUGGACACAGCGGAGAGCAAGCUGCUGCUCGUUCUGCAGGAUGUCACAGGAGAAGGGACAGUUGAGCAUGCGGCGAAGCAACGGCUUUGGUGCAUGUUUGAGGUUCUGCAAUGCCUCAACACAGCUGCGCAGCAUGGAUGGUCGAGGACGCCAAUGGACGUUGCUGUCAUGGCCGAGGGCAAGGCAGAGCUUCUUACUUACGGUCUCAUUGAUGACGAGGAGGCUAUGGAAGGACGACUGCCGGGCAGCGGGCUUGCAGCCAAAGCUGCACGAGAAAAGGGCUUCCCACUCUCGGUGGUCGAAACCUACCUUCGACAUCAGUUUCAAGAAGCGCAGACUUCAGCAGAGGAGGACCGCAACCACUUGCUGAAGAAAAUGGCCAAAGUCGUCGGGCCAGGCGUGGAAAUGGAGAAGGUGAACACCAGGCUGAACGGCUUGUUUGCGCUCCUCUUCCUGCGAAAAGUAUUCGAAGAGAAGGAUGAGGGACGUGAGGACCUGGCCUGCUUGAAGGAGCUCGUGGCAAGUGCAUUGGCAAAAGAUGUUGACAAUGUUGAAGUCGACGUCAGCCUCGGUGGAGGUGCUCUCACGUCCGUGGACGAGGAGCUCCUCCUCCUCGUCAAAAACUUGUCUCCAAGGCUGCAGCGGAUAACGUUAGAUUUGAAAGGAAGUUGCAUCAAAAACAGCUGCCUGGCAGAAGUGGCAAACUUCCUGUCACCAGAAGUGCAGGACAUUCUCCUCGACCUGCAAGGAUGUCGUACCGUGACGGACACCGGAGUGAAAAGAUUCAUGGACAACCUCGUGACCAACUGUGAUCGAUCAAAGCUGAGCACCGUUUCUUGCUUGCUGAUGGGGACGAAGGUCGCCGAAGUGUGUCAGGAAGCCUGCGAGAUGUUGGACUUGGAUCAGGUUCACAAGGUUCGCGGAGACCUUGCACUGCAAGAAAGGAAGAAUCACCUCAAAAGGCUCAUGAAGAAUGUUCAUCUGGGCAAGGCACCAAUCGCAUCUCUCCGAAAGCUGGUGGAAAGCAACGUCGAGGUGACAGUGCGUGGCAUACUGGGCGAGCAGGGGGAGAUCGAUGUCUCACAUCUAGAAUGGGACAUUCACAGCAAAGAGAUGGCAAUCCCGCUUGAUCAAGCUUUGCUCAAGUUCCUGCUGGACGUUGGAGCAGCAAUGCAACUCAGGAAGCGGCCGGAGGCGCAGCCUUAUUGCGUGCUGUGGCCGGUGCCAGAUCGGGACCCAGAGCAGCGCAACUACAAGGUCCAUCAUCGCCACCAGGCCUUCAGCGACGUCUUCGCAGAGAAGUUACCAGAGGUCCAGAAGAUGGGAAAGAAAGCCACGGCCGCUGCUUUGUUGGAGAUGCGCGGGGGCGACCUCGUGGAAGCAGCGAUACCGAGCCCGGCUGCCUUGCAGAAGCUAGCUUUCAUCUACGCAGCAAGAGAGGGCAGCACGGAGGCCGUUGCCGCCUUGCUGCUGGCCACCGGCCAGCACUUGCUGACACAGGUAGAUGAUGGCCCUUGGGAAGAAGAGGACCUGAUCACUUGCAAUGUCAAGGAAGAUGAUGCUCCCAGGGGAACGGCGCUUCUGGGAGCCGCUCAGAAUGGCCAUGGAGAGGUGGUCCAGAAAUUGCUUGACUGGGGGGCAGAGGUGAAUCAACUGCAGAUAGACACUGAAGUUACCGCCUUGACAUUGGCUGCACAAAGAGGUUGGCUGGAGGUGGCUUCCAUACUUCUCGAGAACGGUGCCGACAUGGAGGUGCGUGAUGUCACCGGUCGGACUCCUUUGAGCUGGGCAGCCGAAAAAGGGCAGCUUCACAUUGUGGAGGAGCUGCUGGAGCGACAAGCGCACAUCGACCUCCCUGACAGGAAAGGAAUGACUCCACUGAUGCACGCCUCCGUUGUUGGCCAGGUUCUGGUCGCACAAAAACUCGUGGAGUUCAAUGCAAACAUUCGCGUGGAAGCCACAGUAUGUCUGCAGUGUGUGACCACGAAGGACAAGAUGGGACUUCAGCAGAAGAAGCAGAAGAUCUUGGAUAUGUUCCAAAUUCGAGAGAAGGAGCUGGAGAUGCGUGAAAGGGAGCUCGAGAUGCGAGAGAAGGAAGCAGAAGAGAUGGCAUCUAUGGCAUCUAUGGGUCUUGCAGAAGACGAUUCGCGCUUUGAGGUUGCCUUUCUUGAGGCGAUGGGAUGUGCACAGCAUGGGGCGCACACGGCAGAUGGAUGUGAAGACAGACCUCCACUGGGCGAGAGGCUUACCUUUCACGCUUGCAGCUUGCUUUGCUCCGACGGUCAGGUCAUGGAGCCCGUGCCUGGCGGCAUGGAAAUCAGGCCCGUGAAAGGCUGGUAUGAUCUUGUGCAAACAAAUUCUGCCGGUGCGGGCAAGCAGCUCGUUCCUGCAAAGAGGCCACCUGAAGCCGCCAACAUGGAAAUUCAGAAGCAAGUUUGUGAACGGAAGGAGAUUUCUGACCGAUGGGAUAAAAUGCGGAAGCGAGGGAAGGAGGAGGAGGCUGGGCCUUUUCUGGCUGCUCGUAAGCCGAAAGUUUCAACCAGCGCGGUUGCCUACCCGGACAAGCAGCAGAGUGAUGAGACUGGCAUCAAGAAGCAAGAAGAGAAGCGGCGCAAGGUUCUCCGAAAGCAGGAGAUGGCGCAUCGCGAAGGUGCCGAAGAGGAGGCAGUACCAGACGUGGCAAGCAGCUUGCAUGAGCUCAAGCGGCAGAAGGGGGGCGAGGCUGGCUGGGAUUUCUCUGACGAGGAGCAAUUCUCAGAUGAUCAGGAGGCCUACCACCUCCGUUUUCCGGCAAUCUCGCUGAAAAACAGCAGCAGAAGGAAAGAUUCGACUUCGAUGAUCAGCUGGAGGGGACAGAUCAAGGCAUGCCAGCUGGAGAAGAAGUGGCUGCUGAAGACGGAGAAACCCAAGACGUGCAAUUGCUCGCUGUACCACGUUGCAGUCGUCUUGUUCUGGAUGAACUGCAUGUCCUUUGCGAAACUGCGCAUCUCUUUCGAACAUGAGCUGGAAUUGAAGCAUGAACCUGCAUCGCUCUGGUGUGAAACACAAGACAUGUUUGUAGAGCAUGCUCGAAGCAGGACUGUCCUUGGAGUUGUUUUUGCUGAGUUGUUGAGGACAACGGGGAACUCGGCAUCUGUGAAGGUGGUGCCGCGGAUGGCUUGGCUGCGGAAACUUCCACACUGUGUGCUGGAAGUUGUUCUUUUCGACGAGCAAGAUCUGUCUCGAGUUGAACAACUUGCUGUGAAGCUGCUGGACUUUGUUGCACUGGUGCAUGUGGACGUGGAGAUUGGCGAUGGUAUUGUCACUCAAGACUGGGGUGGCGUUGCAUCUGCAGGCAGAGCGUUCUUCCUGCUCUUCAGCCCAACAUCAUGUACAACGCACGCCGCCGAGCUUGAAGCAACCGGCCAUGCAAGUCUGCACCAAGUGCAGCACAAUCAGGGCAAGAGGCACGCGGAUGGGCUUCAACCCCAGAUGCUCCGUCGGGAAGAUGUGGGCUCUGCAUCCAGAGACGCGAGCUAUCACGUGACUUCAGACGGGCGGCAUGCGUGGCAAGGCUUUGGGGACGCGGCCUUUGUUCAGCAAAGUCGCCGGGCUCAUCGAGACGUGAAUGGGACGCACACAGUGGAAGUUGAGGAUGGUGCGGUCGACACAGCCACCGAUGUUGUGAACGAGCUGUCGGCAACAACUGGAGAGCCCACAGAAUCAGAGCCAGAGACAGAAGGAGUAGACAGGAGAAAUGCCACGGGGAUUCAUGGCCCUGCAGGCAGACCUGCUCUGGUCUUUGCAGGCAUGUACGGCAGUGCAGGACCAACCGGGCCACGUGGAGUGACUGGGCCUGCGGGGGUCCUCGGGCCACGAGGCCCAGCUGGGGCAUCCGUUGUUGGCCAUGCCGGAGCCCCUGGAAUUGCCGGCAGUCCCGGGUCCAAAGGCAAGCUCGGCGCACUUGGCCUGAAAGGUGUCCAGGGCCACGCUGGGACUCCCGGAGGGCCACCGCCGGAGCUGGACAAGUGGACCAAACUCCUGGAUUACUACACCGAGAUGAUCUACCGAAUGGAAAGUGCGGCCUCCACGCACGUCCGAGGCUUCAAGCGUGAAGCAUCAAUGCUGCAGCAGCGGACCGCCCUCUUCAAAGCACGGACGGACGGCCUGAACAAUCGAUCCGCUGAGCUUCACCGCUACAUGGUAGACAACUACAAGCGCAUGGUGAAAUCCGUGAGCUCAGCACGAGAAGUGGAUGGCUUCGUUGAGGGGAUGCCUUUGGCAACAUCGCUGUCUGCAUUGCAUGAGGCACAGCAGCUGUACCCGGCCUACCUCGGGACCCAACGAGUUGCGAGAACCAUGCAUGCAGCAGCAGCACUUCGGCAGCAGCAGCUGCAGCAGCAGCAACAGCAGCUCCAGCAGCUGCAGCAUCAGCAAUGGCAACAUCAGCACUACCAGAAUCACCAGCUGUACCAGAACUCGCAGGGAUCGUCGUCCAGGAGGCACUCCAAAAGUGCUGCGUUGAAAGACUCCCCGAGCCUCCUUCUGUUGGCACUGGGCGUCAUUAUGACAGUGCAUCGCCCUGCCAAGCGAAGACUGCGACAGAAGCAGCGCAGUCUCCAAGAGAAGGGUGGUGAGAUGACUCUGAAAGAGCUCAAUGCCAUCCUGGAAGUUCAGAAAGGUCAGAAGGAAUACCUUGCUGCUUUGGCACAGGCAGCGAGCAAUUCGGUACAGGUAGCAUCGGUCAUGCAUCACCCAUUUGCAGGUGCUCUGCUACGAGAAGAGGCUGGAAAUGCUUCGCAUGAUUCACCGAUGCGAAACCUGAGGCUUUAUACAUGA